UAUUAGAUUUUUUUUAUCAUCAAAUCUUUAUGAAUUCGUGAAAAGAUUAAAACUGAUGUUAUAGAAGUACUAGAUAUAAUGCAUUUUUACGUCAAUCGUGAACAUGAUUCAAGUGAAUGUACGAGACAGGUGUACUUAGAAAUCCAGAAGUUUGAAUAAAAUUAUUUUAUAUAUGUACAUAUAUAGAUGAAAAUAUAUAUUUUUAAAAUUAUAACUAAAAAGCAGUGCAAUUAUGAAUAUUUAUAAUUGUUUGAAACUUUGAACAUCUUUCAUAUUGAAGUAUCGACGUCUCGUUAAGUGCUAUAAUAAUGAUUAAUUGAAGAUACACAAUUUUAAGUGUACCAGCUUUACUACAGUCGAGGCAAAUUAAAGAGGAGUGAUUCAAACUUUGUAUUUUAUCUGAUAAAUUUUAUUGUACGGAUUAUGGAAGAACGCAAGCUAUAACGAGAUUUCAUCAGACCAGUUUCUCUUUCAACAGCGUAGCUAACAAUGUUGUCCUAAUUAAUAGCAUUUUACAUAAAGAAGUGAAGUAAAAAUCAGAAAAUUCGAGUACACGAUUAAUUAUUUUUGAAAAAAGUAAUAGGUGAGGAUGUUAAUUUGCACAAUCGUACAAAUAUUAAUUCUAUAUUUUUUAUCAUCUAUUCAGAAAUCAAGAUUCGUUUUUCUAUACGUAAAUGGUACAAUGACAAAUGUCGCGCAAGAUUCGAAGGAAUGUAGAGGGAAAAGUUCAAUUGCUGCACACUUUCUCGUGAUAUUGUUCGGCGUAUCAACUUGGAUCGGUAUUAAUGGAAUAUUUAUUCAAACUCCAGUGCUUAUCAACACAUCUCCAGAAGCGUGGAGAUUACCAGCUUAUCUCGUAUUAGUAAUACAAUCAGCAAACUUAGGACCUUUGGUUUACGCGGUUUUACAAUACUUUCACUACAAGAUAAACGAGCCUUGGUGGAUAUUAUGUUUGCUGGUAUCGGGAACAACUGCAAUGGGACUCUUAACAUACUUUCAUUCUGAAACUGUUGUUAUCGCCGGCGAUGAAUAUAGUUUAAUAUUAUUCAUCUUAACGUUUUUCAACGCCUUAGUCGGAUGCUUCAGUUCUGUAUUAUUUAUGCCGUAUCUCCGUAACUUCAGCGAACAAUUUCUAAUAUCCUACUUCAUUGGCGAAGGACUAAGCGGCGUACUGCCAAGUGUGAUUGCGUUGAUACAAGGCAUCGGAGAUACUUCCGAAUGCGAAAUUUCGAAGAAUGUUACUUCAGAUUCGCCCGAUUUAACAUUUUCUUCGAGCGACUACUUCCUCUUUAUUUUUAUUAUAUUAUUUUUAUCGCUAACUGCUUUCGCUAGUCUGGAGUACUUUUCGUUCGUUAAAAAAAUAAAGCGUGAAUCUGAUCUUCAUGCGGACGAUGUUGUAAAAGUGGGCGAUGAUGGAUUAACGAAACAAACGCGUAAUUACUUAUUCACGUUGCUCGCUGUUUGUUGCUUCCUGAGCAACGGUUUCUUUCCUAGCAUACAAUCUUAUUCCUGUUUACCGUAUGGAAACAUGGCAUAUAAAUUGUCAAUCACUUUCGCUCAGUUUGCAAAUCCAACUGCGUGCUUAUUCGCCUACUGGUUGAAAGUAACGAAUGUAACAAUCAUUAAUUAUUUGUCUGGAAUAUGCUUAAUCAUUGGCAGCUACGUUACAUAUUUAGCAGUAAUGUCUCCGUCUCCACCCCUCCAGGCGUCUGAAUUCGGCAUUUACUUAGUUAUUAUAUCAUGGACAGUUUUAGUAGGAUUUAUUUCCUAUUUAAAAUUAAUUAUCGUCUCAAUGUUUCGAAGUGAGAAAUUUGAAAACGUGCUAUUCAACGCAGGCGUAAUUAUGCAAAUUGGUUCUGCAACCGGCGCAAUAUUUUCCUUUAUAACGAUCAACUUCACAAAUUAUUUCGAGAUGCGUAAUAAUUGUGUAUCAAAUGGAUAAGCUGAUAUUUUAAAUGUGAUAUUCUAUUAUUAUAGCACUUGAGUCGAGAUAUCUACUUCAUUGAUUGAUGUACGAAGUAAUUGUUUGUCGAAAUAGCUUUGAACGAGACGGAAUGUAGAACAUAAUUUAUAUUGUACAGAAAUAUUUUUGUAAUUGCGUACGCGUCUGCAUUUAUGAACAAACACAUAAAUGUGAAGAUGCUAAACGAUUGUAAAACGUGAAUGAAUGUUAAAAUUUAUAUAUACAGAAAAUAUUUAAUAUAAGUCAAUGGGACGUUGCGUGAUGUUGGAGCAUGAUUAUUUUUCCUCAAGUAUUGCCUUCCGUUGUAAAGUACUUAUACAAAUUAUGCUUGUUAUGUGUAAAUUCGACUGGCUUCGAAAUUAUACGCCUGAAUAUUGAGAAAUUAUUGUAUUUAUUUUUCCGUCGAGUGAUGACAAUUUGAAACUUAUUUAAAAUAUGAUUUUCAUCAGUACAGGAACUCUCGAGUAUAUUUAGAUUAAAUUGGUGAUUGUCAAUUGAUUUUUAAUAAACUGUUACAUGAA